UUCAUGUGUCACUCUGCCAUCAUAUGUUCACUCCUCCUCUGGUCUCGUGCAGAGAGAGGAAACAAGUGUAAGAAGCACUUUAUGCUGCGCGCGAGCCCGUAGGAACAAUCCCUCCUGGACUGCAGGAACAUCAGCCAGCACCCCCCCACCCACCCUGGGUUCUCCGACCUGACUGGACUGUUCUGCUGGACCCUUCGGCGUUCAACAAUGCGGUUCAAGUUCCUGCACGCGCUGCACGUGGUUUUGCUGUUGGACCUGGUGGAAGUGAAGCAGAGCGACUCGGUAACACCGGAGCAGGACGCGCCGAGAGACAUGAGGAGUGUCCACAUGUUCAAACUGUACCAUCAAUUCAAUAAGGAGCGACACUCGCACCGGGACCAGAACACGGUCAGGAGCUUCCAAGCAGUGCAGGUGUCCUUCAACACCAGUGUCAUCUUUCACUUUAAUCUGACUUCCAUGCCUGAGUCAGAGGUGAUCCUCUCAGCAAGCCUACAUUUCCUCAAGCAGCACAACCGGCCCUUGAGCUGCCGACGUUCCAGAGGCUCCUCGUGUCACAACAACACCUUUGACCCCUUUAAAGCUGGUUUUCGAGGGCUGUCUCAAAACACAACCUUCCCAGCCUUUUUGGGUAACGUCACAUUGUCUCCUCAUAAAAAAGGACACUGGCAGAUGUCUGACGUGUCCUCGGUUGUCCAAUGGGCUCGUGCUCGAAAUGAGCUUUUACUUUUGGUGGAACUUGACUCUGGAGAGAAGCCACAGGAUCGCAUCCCACCUUCCAUCUUGCCUUAUAUUCUUGUUUUUGCUAACGACCUGGCCAUAAAUGAACCGAACAGCAUCGCUAUGAGCUUACAGAGAUACAGCCCUGUGGGAAAAGAGAGAGCAAACAGACCACCCUCGGUCACUCCGAGCUCCAGGAUCAGACGAGAAGCAGAGCACUUACAGAAUUUCCUUCCCAACCUCCAGUAUGACGAUCAGAAAAACAAGCAACUAUGGUACAACACUUACUUUGCUUUAAAACCCAAAACCUCGUCCAAGAGUCACUCUGCGAGACAAGGUCCUGAAGUCCGGACAGGAGGAAGUGUGACUCGGGAACUGAGCUUCGAUAAAAGGACCAUGAAAAAGGCUCGGCGUAAGCAGUGGAGUGAACCACGGGCAUGCGCAAGGCGUUACCUGAGAGUGGAUUUCGCCGAUAUCGGCUGGAGCGAGUGGAUUCUGGCUCCCAAAGCGUUUGAUGCGUACUACUGUGCUGGAACCUGUGGAUUCCCCAUGCCCAAGGUGGUCCGUCCUUCGAACCACGCCACUAUCCAAAGCAUCGUGAGGGCAGUCGGGAUCGUUCCCGGCGUCCCCGAGCCUUGCUGCAUUCCUGAGAAAAUGAGUGAACUCGCUGUGCUGUUUCUUGAUGCCAGCAGGAACAUGGUGCUCAAGCUUUACCCUAACAUGUCUGUGGAGACCUGCGCGUGUCGAUAAACGCGAAUGCAGUGGGAGUUUUGGUGUUCCGGAGACCACGGACAAGCCUUCAGAAGCUACCAGGAAGGCAAACGAUAUAUUAGAUCAGGUGUGAUCAUGUUUGACACACAGCUCAAUGGUGGAUUAUAAAGUUGUAUAAAAGAGUGUAUACAUUGUAAGUUUAUUCCUAGUGAACAAGGAAAGUUUCUCCCUGAGACUCCUAAUUAUCUAGGUGGCACCGAAUGAAUCUAAGACCUAUGUAGAAUGAUGCUGUGUGUAUUUACAGGAUGUUUUUAUUUUUUCUGUUUUUAUUUUUUAAUUUUUAUUGAUGUAAAUUAUACAGAAAAAAAAACUGUAGAAACCUUCUGAAAUCUCACUCAGAAUUUAAUAACAAGCAGCGAAAUCAUCUCGUGAAUAUUUUGCAAACAUUAUAGCCCCCUAACAUCAUUCUUUUCAUAGGAAAAAUAGAAGUGGAUUAAACAAUAAAAUAUACGAAUGCUUUGUGAGAAAAUGCUUAUUUGAUUCAAAACAUAGCACGAAACAAUGUAUUAUACAUGGAUAUACAUGGAUCAAUACCUGAUACACAUGUUCAUCUCUGGGAGAUCUGCUUCAUAUCAGAAAAUGUAUUCAGACCAGAGGACGCCUGGACACUGGAGUGGUGCAAUGCUGCUGCCACCUAGUGCCUUUUUCCAAAUUCAGAAGGUCCAGUUGAAUAUCUAAAUAUGAACACUUACAUUGAAACAAUAUUUAAUGAAAUUAAUUUUUAUUUGUAGAGCUGUUCUAACAAUAGACAUUGUCUCAAAGCAGCUUUACAGCACUAAAGAGGUUAUAAAGUAGUAUUAAAGCCUUUAUAAAUGUAGUGCCUAUAAGUUUAUUUCUUAUAACUGUAAUUUUGUCCUUAUUUAGUGAGCCAGUGUCGACUUUGACAGGAAAAAAAAAACCCUGUGAUAGCUUGAGGAAGUAACCAGACUCAAAAGGUAACCCGUCCUCAUCCACAACACUGAAUGUCUAUUCAUUACAGUUCCAUCAUUGUUGAGCUGAAAUGUUCAGUGAUGGGAGCUGUUCAUUCAACCUGUGGUCCUGAGCCAUUGUAAUAAACUUGAUAUUCAUUUUAGUCCAAAUCCAUCCUCAAAAUCAUCGAGUUGCUCAGUAACUUUAUGAAUCUUUAGGCUGUUGAUGUUGAUGUGGAUCCAUUUCCCGCUGCACAGAGUGGUCUCCAGUCACCAUUUCUAGA